AGAAAGCUUCCGCUGAUCAAAAUGAAGGAAAUGCUGCAACAAGAGUUCAACGUCAAGAAGUCCGAUAUACCCGAGGGCCGGUGGAAGGUGGUUGACCUGGUACGAGAAAUGAGUACCAAAGCUGCCCACGCUGCGGGAGGUGGGGGGCACUUAGCACGGUUUGCGCGUAGCACGCGCAUCUCUUUUGCAGAACAUCACCAGCGAUUCCUCGACGAAUGUCAGGCGGCGUUUGAUAAGCAGAAUGCUGCGCUGGGAAAUACGGACCAGCUCGAAUCGGAUGCGUCAUCCGACGACGACGAUGAGGACUUGGCAAACAGUCUCGAGGGUAUGAUGGACGGCUCCCAAGGCCCCACUACCCGCGCCAAAAUAUUAAAGAUAACCCGCACGUUUGUCGAUGAGGACGGCAAUAUGGUCAAGCGCACAGAGGUGGUGCGGGAUCUGCGAGUGAUUGAAAUGUACAUAGCACAGGAGGAGGAGAACGCCCCCCUGCCCACAGACGACGCACAGAACGAGAGAGGCGGGACAACUGGCAGGGGUAAAAGGAAGCGCAGAACGGACGACGAUGGCUUGGGCGGCGGUCGCGCUGCCCGCGGACAAGGGGGUAUGCGAGGGAAGAAGAAGUGCAGUGCUUGUGGUCAAAUAGGUCAUGUCAAGUCCAACAAGAACAAGUGUCCUGAAUGGCGCGAUAAGAAUGGGGAUCCUCAUAACUACAACCUGGCUAGCCCUCCGGGAGGCAGAAACGAUGACGUGUCGGAGGAGGAGACUGUCAAGGUGUGUGUAGAUACUUGUAUAUGUACAUAG